UUUCCCUCCUCCUGCAGUCUGGCGUUGUUUACGAAGGCGUGCGGCCGUUGCUCCGAGUCUUUGCCGCGCGCAUGUCGAAUUUAAAAAUAAAACUUAUUUAGCGCGCACCAAUAUCCUGUUCAAUGGAUAUGUGCAUUGUUAUUUUUAAACAGUGAAUAAACAUUCCAAGUUUUAUAAUUAUUACCGAAUACAUUUUAACAAGUGAAUAUUUAAACAAACAAAAAUAAAUUCUCGGCAGUGCAACCAGUUCGACUGCUUUUCUUCAAUUUGAUAUUUAACUAUAGCCGGUAGAAAAAAUAUAAACACAAUUGUUUAUUAUGAAAUGUUAUUUAUUUAAGUGAAUAGUGAAUAUUCGAUAUUACUUCGAAUACUUUCAUCGCCUCGAAAAUGGAUUGGCGGGAGAAACUUUUCGGCAAAGUUCUUGUUAAAUGUGAUUCACCGGGUACACAAAAUGGCCAAUUCGAGAAUGUGCCAACAUUGGAAGCAUUGGCGGACUGCGUGGAAGAUGGGGAAGGAGCUGUUUGUGGGAUUUAUUUCUCAUUUGCAAACAUCAGCGACACAAGUGAUGAUUUUGGGGUUAGGUUGGAAGAUGUUUAUAAGAAGGUUGAUCCUCGGUUGAAGGUUGUACAGGUGGUCCUGUGGGCUCACGUGGGGACACCGGAGGGUCCUAUCGAGAGGGAGACGGGAUUCCGACGGAGCUUGACCGGCAAGCCGUGGUUUGCUGUCCCAUUUCAUGAUGUCGAUAUAAAGCGCCGUCUAACCCAGAAGUACAGCAUCGCAGUGGGUGUCCCUACUUUAGUGAUCCGCGGCAGACCGGUGAGGGACGCGUUAUUGAACGACCCAGGGGGUGAGAGAUUCCCUUGGCCUGCACCGCCACUGACGGACGUCCUCCGAGGAGUGCAACUCCAGGGUGAGACGGGGAGCAAGCUGUUUGAAGAGUUACCAGGGGAUACUGUCAGAGUGUUCUACUUUGCCGCGCAUUGGUGCCCACCAUGUCGUACAUUUGCACCGAGUCUAUGCAACGCACUAGCGGCGGUGCGCAAGCGCAGAGCGAAGUAUGCCAACACGCAACUCAUACUGGUAUCCAGUGAUAGGAGCGAGCAGUCGUACAAGCGUAGCGUGUCAUCAGUAAGCGCGGCGGGGGCAUUAGCAGUCCCCUGGACAGCGACGGAGGCUCGCCUGGCAUUGCCCACCGCGCUCGGCGUUGCCGGCAUCCCCGCGCUGGUCCUCACUGACAGCAAUGGCAAAGUCAUCACCGCUAACGGCAGGCAACAUCUCGCUGCUGAUCCUUUGGGACUGAACUUCCCAUGGGGUCAUCGUCCGGUGUCAUUGCUGACUGAACAAGCGUUACUCAAGAUGGCGCGCCAUCCUGCCGUCGUUCUGUUUAUUGAUGACGAGGAUGCUGAAAUAGAAUUCUCUGAAUCCGUACUAACACCGUCAGCGGAAUCUUACUACGAGGAGUGCAGUAUUCAGUACCCUGGAUUUUGUCCCUACCAAAACUCUUCAGACGAUGAAACUAUGGAUUUCGACUACACUACAUCACGUUCAAGAGUUAAGAAGAAAUCGUUCAAACAUGUUAUGUUUUAUAUUGGCAUCGAUGGUACGGAUAGUGCUGAUAUGCUACGAGAACAUAUAGGCUUAGAUGAUGCUGUACCAUUACUCACGGCAAUAGAUUUCCCCAAACAGAGAAUGGUCACAAUGAAAUAUGGCGACGAAAUCACAACAGAUUCAGUACAAAAUUUCGUUGACGCUUAUUUGAGCGGGAACGCAGAUUUCAAACCUUUAAAGCCUUAUAGUGAGAAAUGUUAGUUUAUGUAACUUCAAAGUAAUAAAUUUUAUUUGGAUUUUGGAGAAAAAUUAAUUUUCUCAAGAAAUGGCGUUCCCGCCAAAAUUAGAUUAAACCAUAGACAAAAAUAAAAUUUUUUUAAUCACCUUCCAAAUGACAGCAUGUUUCCAUUUAUGUAAACACAAUUAAUAAGAAAGCAAUAAGCUUAAUUAAUCUAGAUGCGAAAUUUUCGAAACGUAGAAAGUAGUUUUUAAAAAAGUAUUUAUGAAGUAAAUUAAAAUUAUGAAUGCGGUAAAGGUGAGGUGAGGUGGCCUUAUGUGCUGCGGCAUUUGAAUUUUACACUAAAAUUUGCAUAACAGCACAGAAGACUAUUCAUUUCCUGCUCCAAUAAAUAUUUAAAGACCUGCCUCAGGAAUACAACAUAGGUCAAUUGAUGUACUCUUGUUAAUCUUUACUUCCUGGGUAAAAUAUUUUUUGUUUUGCAAUUUCAAUAGAAUCAUUAUUCAAUAUUUACCUACCACGAUUAGAAAUAAGUAGUCUGCAAAAAGUAUUUUAUAAACAUAGGAGUAGUAUGUUUUGUUGUUUUCAUUAUCGACUAAAUUAAGCUAUAGUUUAACCAGCAAUGUAAAGAUCCUCAACUUAUGGCGGAAAAGUAUGGAAUUAUGUAAUUCCUUUGUGCGCGUGCAAAGGCGAUUGAAGCGCCCCUAUUCCAGGGUUAUUACAUUCCUGGUUAGGUUAUAUUCUGAACAUGUAAUUCUGUAGCAUUGUAGAUUUUUUUUAAUUUACAUUUUACAUAUGAUAUCAGUAUUAAAAAUCUAUUAAUUAUUUUUAUCUGUAAUGAUGUUAACAUAAUAGUAAUAGACAUAGACAACGUUUAUGUUUAAUUU